AUGGACCAGGCCGUCUUCCAAACACUCACAGACACCCUGUCUGCCGACACCAACACCCGUCUCACUGCAGAGUUGCGUCUCAAGGAGCUGCAGGUCAACCCAGAGUUCCCCAUCAGUCUUGUCAGACUCGCACUGGCUCAGGAAUGCAACAUCUCUCAGCGUCACUCAGCUGCCGUCCUCCUCAAGAGCUACGUCGAUACUCAGUGGUCCGAGAAGAGCUCGCGCUUUACCGGACCUGAGCCUCCCGCAGAGACCAAGGCUGUUGUUCGCGAGAUGGUCCUCGGGGGUCUGUCUGACCCCACCAACCGUAUCCGCGCUUCCUGUGCCUACGUUAUUUCCAAGAUUGCACAUCACGACUGGCCUGAGCAGUGGACGAACCUCUUGGACGUCUUGGUUCGCCACCUCAAGGAGGGCUCCACGGAUGAGGUGCACGGAUCGAUGAGAGUCUUAGCUGAAUUCGUCAACAAGGAUAUCACUCACGUUCAGUUGCCAUUGGUCGCACCUGUUCUCUUCCCCGAGCUCUUGCGCAUCUUGGUCUCGGAGCAGAUCUACCCCCACGCCACCCGUUCGCGCUGCGCUUCCAUCUUCCGCAACGCUGUGGAGAUGUUAUACACUAUCAAAGAGGAGCACCCAGAGGCUAUCAAAACCUAUCUCACACCCAUCAUCGGACAGUGGAUGGAGGCGUUUAUUGUCAUUUUGAACAAGCGCACCUCGGAGAACCCCGAGAUUGAGGUCGGCGAGUGGGGCCUUAAGACCGAGAUUCUCAAGUGUAUCAACUUGUCAAUUCAAGGAUUCCCCAAGUUGAUGGCGCCAUAUUUACUUCAGAUUCUCUCGGCUGUCUGGCAGGAUGUGCUUCACUUGAGACCCAAGUACCUUUCAGAGCAUGUCAACACCAACGACGGCACCGCAGAGACCUUCCAGGAUUCGGACGGAGAGAUUAUUGGUUUCGAGUCGUUGCUCUUUGUUCAGUUCGAGUUCAUUCAGAUGGCAUGCAGACGCCGCAAGAUUACCCAGGCAGCAUUCAUCGGACAGGAUGGAAACUCUGGCAUUCUUGCCGAGUUGGUCUGGAACACUUUGAACUACAUGCAAAUGACUGACGAUCAGGCUGAGACUUGGAUCUCUGACCCCAACCAGUUCAUCGCCGACGAGGAAGACGACAGUUACUCGUUCAACGUCCGUAUUGCUGCCGAGGAUCUUUUGUUGACCUUGGUCGAUAACUUUGAAGUUCAAACCUUGAAUGCCUUGAACUUGAGUGUUCAGCAGGAGGCCAAUAGCUCGGUCAACGAAAAAUCGAACGGAAACGUCAACUGGUGGAAAGCCCAGGAGUCGAGUCUUUUGGCUGUCGGUCUCUUGGCCGGUGACCUGAGCGAGUCGAUCAAGAGUGGCACCCAGACCCCUGUGGACGUUGCUGGACUCUUUGACCACAUGGUUCUCCGCAAUCUUUCGGAGCACGAGUUCCCCUUCUUGCAGGGUCGCUCCUUUGUCUUUGCCUCCCAGUUUGCCUCGAUUUUGCCUGCCAACCUCGCUUCCCAGUACGUUUCUGCUGCUGUUGAGGCCAUCAUGAACUCCCCCUCGGCCGUCGUCAAGAUCUCGGCUCUGAAGGCCUUGAACAACUUCAACCAGUACCUUGACAAGCAGUACAUUAUCCCCUACCAGCGUUCGAUCCUUCAGGGUGUUGCACCAAUGAUGGAGGUCACCACCGAGGAGUCCUUGAGCUUGAUUCUCCGCACCCUUAUCACCACCUCCAAGGUUGAUGAGCAAGCUGCUGCAGAGUUGGAGCCCGUUUUGGGACCUCUGGUUUUGGACUCUUGGGUCAAGUACCCUGCCGACCAUUUGAUUUCGAUGGAUAUUAUGGACCUCUUUGACACUCUUGCUGCCAACAAGUUUAUGCACCCUGCCUUGAACGCCAGGGCUAUGCCGACUCUUGUCAACAUGAUCAACAACGAGAACAUUGACAAGGGCAUGGUCUCCUCUGCUAUUGACAUGCUCAAAUCGCUUGUCCAGGGUGCUGAAACCCCCCUGCCUGCCGGAUAUGUUGCCCAGUUCUUCCCUAACCUAAUGUCAGUCUUGUUGACCACCGACGACAGAGAUAUUUUGCAGAGCGGUCAAGAGUGCCUCACCUUUGUUAUCCAGAAGGGUGUUGAGCAGGUUGCCGAAUGGCGCGAUGCUGCAAGUGGAAAGACUGGAUUGGAGCUCACUAUCCAGUUCAUUGCCAAGCUCUUGGAUCCUUCGCAAACCGAGUCGGCUGCCUUGUUUGUCGGUGACUUGAUCUCGAAGUUGAUCAAGAAGGGUGGUGACCUUGUUUCGCCCAUUCUUCCCCAACUCUUGGAUGCUGUCACUCGCCGCUUGGCCGAAGCCAAGCUCCCCACCUUCAUUCAGCCAUUGGUGAUGGUGUUUGCUCAGUUGUGCUUGACUCAGCACGAGGUUGUGAUCAACUUUUUGAGCUCGGUGGACGUUAACGGUCGCAGCGGUCUGGAUAUUGUCUUGUCUGCAUGGCUCGCCAACCACACUGACUUCCAGGGUCUCUACAACCAGAAGGUCAGCACUGUCGCUUUGACUAAGAUUUACAUGUCUGGAGAUGCUCGUGUCGCUCAUGUUCAAGUCAACGGUGACCUCAUUGUUCCCAAGUCCACACGCAUUGUCACCCGUUCCAGAGCAAAGAACACCCCUGACCAGUUCACGAUUACAACAGUCCCUGUCAAGAUUAUUCGUUUGUUGUCGACAGACUUGACGAACAAGAUUGAGGAAGAGGAGGACCAGGCAGCGGAGUCGGACUAUGACGAUGAGGAUGGCGAGGAUGACUGGGAGGAUGAGGACGAUGGUCGCGGUGGCAAGGACCAGUUCUCGUUCUUGUCUGAUGUUUUGGAUGCACAUGGUCUUGAUAUGGACGGUGAGGAGGACGAGGAGGAGGUUGAUCCUGAUAUCUUGGCUGAUCCUAUCUACCAGAUGAACAUGAAGAACUACUUGGUUGAUUUCCUCCGUCAGUGUGUUCAGCAGAACUCGCCCUCGUUUGUUCAGAGCGUUGGUGAGAUGAGUGAUGUUGAGAAGCGCACUCUUUCUUCCCUUUUGGAGAACUAA